UGGUGUGUCAGCAGGACCAGGAGUGAGCUGAAGAACUGUUGCUGCGGUGUUUCUCCAACUCUUAAAGACAUGCGAGUGGCAGUAAUUGGAGCUGGAGUUAUCGGCCUGUCCACAGCUCAAAGCAUAUAUGAACAGUAUCACUCCACUGUCACGCCACUGACCAUCGAGGUGUUUGCAGAUCGUUUCACACCACUGACCACAAGUGAUGGAGCUGCUGGCUUAUGGCAGCCAUAUCUCCAUGACAAAGGCAACAUCCAGGAGACAAAAUGGAAUAAAGAGACAUUUGACUACCUGCUAAGCUUCCUCAGUUCACCAGAUUCCAUAAAAAUGGGUGUAUUCCUUCAGUCUGGUUACAACCUCUGCACUGAACCAGCACCUGACCCCUCCUUUAAGAUGCUGUCCUCGGCUUCAGACAUGUUUCUAAUUUUCUACAUAGUGAACGGGUUCAGAAAUGUGAACUUUUGUUUUAUUCACAGGUUGAAAGAAAGAGGUGUGAAGUUUUACCACCGGAAAAUCGGGUCCUUCAAAGAACUUGCAGAAACUGGGGCAGAUGUAAUAAUUAACUGCAGUGGAAUGAGAUCAGGAGAGCUGCAGCCUGACCAUGAUCUCAAACCUGGGAGGGGCCAGAUAGUGAAGGUGGAGGCACCCUGGCUGAAGCAUUGGAUUAUUACUCACAAUUUUGAUGCAGGAGUCUAUAACUCACCGUACAUCAUUCCAGGGAGUCGUCUUGUGACUGUGGGUGGAUUGUUCCAAAUAGGAAACUGGAGUGAAGUGAACAGUUCCACCGACCACAAGAAAAUCUGGGAAGAUGCUUGCAAACUGGAGCCUAGUCUCAAGGUAAGAUGUUUCCUGUGUGGCUUGGCUAAGAGGCCUUCACUCAGCAGUAUUUGA